AACGUGACCUGUCACCGAUGGAACAGGUGUUGGACAGUAGCGGAAGGAAUAGCAUAUAAUACCUUGCAAUUCAACCCACACAGUCAGUCUUAUAUAGUGUGAGUUGAGUCGUAAAUCACUAUUUCUGCUAUCAAUCUACAACAACUAAGACAAAGUCUCGAAGAUGGCUGAUCUUUCCAAGGAAACAGUAAAGUAUACCAGACUCUGGGGACUGCAUCGCUCUUGUAAAAUAUUUCAUCUGUCCUACCUGAAAAAGUCGUUUUCAAAACGUCCCAAAGAGGUGGAAGUUGUGGAAAUCGUAGGACAGUCUGGUAGACGACAUGCAAUAUGUAGUGAAAUCGAGAAGAGGGUCUACGUCAACACUCCUUCUACAAAAGCUCCUACAGCAUCUCUACAUUCUGUUCACUGGCACAUGGUGAAACGAUACAGACUCGUAUGCUAUGACCUUUUAUAGUUCCCAUACGACGCAAGUCCAGUUGGAUCCUGUCCAUGCGAUCAACAUACACGCGCCGUAAACAUUUUCGCCUAUUAACGAAAGUGACUAUUUACAGAAUGUCUCAAUUCCCCAAAUACAAUAGCAUGCAAGAGAAUGAUGCCUGAAACCUAAGAAGAAGACUUUGGUGAAAAUCCCUCGGCCAAACAUGAACUAUGAAGACAUUGCCGUUUAAUAAACAAAUAUUGAUAACACUCGCUUAGCUGAAUAACAAAAAUUUGGCUUUCAUAAGAACAAAAAUGACUAUAAUGACCAGAUGGCCUUAUUGACAACCGGGUGAACUUUAGAAAGCAAUUUGCGCUAUCGGCGUUUUGUCGAGUAAGAUCGCAGUAACAAUGAAGUGGCCGUGAGGCAGGAACUGUGUCCCAGAAUGAAUAAAAUAAUUUAUAUAGAAAUUACAAUGAUAAACUAUUUUUGCUAAGAAAAUUUUGUCAUAUAUUUGAUAUAUGUAUGCAUGUCCUGUGGACAGGAUUCUUUGUAUGACUAGAAACGAC